AUGACUGGAUCUCUGCAACUUCACUACAUUUCUUUCUAUUUCCCAGAGAAGGACCGGCUGCUCUCGUCCACGACCAGCUAUGGGUCCCAGGACCUUCUCGGGGGUGGGAGCCCACGCCCCGCUGAUCUGGUGGACUCUGAGCUCCACCACCAGCAGCAGGAGGAAGAGGAGGAGGAGGAGGCUCUGAGGAGGAAACUCAAGUACUUCUUCAUGAGCCCUUGUGACAAGUAUCACGCUAAAGGACGCAAGCCGUUCAAACUGGGCCUGCAGCUGCUCAAGAUCAUCACCGUCACUGUGCAGUUGGUUCUGUUCGGACUCAGCAACCAGAUGGUCGUGACGUUUAAAGAGGAAAACACUGCGGCGUUCAAACACCUUUUCCUCAAAGGUUAUCAGGACAACGCUCCUCAGGCAGUGCACACGCAGAAGGAGCUGUACAGCCACAUGCACUUCGCCAUCGAGCAGUACAUGGCUCUGCCCGACAUCUCGCUGGGACGAUACGCGUACGUGUUGGGCGUCGGCGAGAACGGAAGUGCGCUGUCCCUCUGCCAGAGGUACUUCAGGAAGGGAACCAUCGACCCCGUCAACGACACCUUUGACAUCGAUCCCCACGUUGUCACCGAUUGCCUUGGAGUGGAUCCCAUGAAUUACAGCUUUGGAAACAGUGACUACAAGAAUUUCACUCUCAAGUUUUACAAGAUGAUCAAUGUGACCAUUGACUUCCAGCUGAAGGCCAUCAACAUCCAGACCAUCAUAAACAAUGAAAUCCCCGACUGCUACACCUUUGCCAUCACGAUCGUCAUGGACAACAGAGCGCACAGCGGCAAAGUUAAGAUCCGUCUUCUGAACCAGGCGUCCAUAACAGAGUGUAAAGACCCCAAUGUGUCUGGACACGCGGAGAGCUACGCCCGGGAGUUAUUUGACGUGCUGGUGGCGAUAGUUUGUCUUUUGUCCCUGCUGCUGUGCGGGCGCUCCAUCCUCAGAGGCGUCCUCCUGCAAUAUGAGUACGUGCGGUUCUUCAAUGACAGACUUGGCCGCAGAGUAAGUUGGGGCGAGCGGAUGGAGUUCAUCAACGGUUGGUACAUCCUGCUCAUCGUCAGCGACGUGUUCACCAUCGUCGGGAGCUUCAUCAAGAUCGGGAUCGAGUCCAAGAAUUUGUCAUCGUAUGAUUUGUGCGGUAUCCUGCUGGGAACCUCCACUCUGCUGGUGUGGGUGGGAGUCAUCCGCUACCUCAGCUUCUUUCAGAAAUACAAUAUCUUGAUUGUGACUCUUCGAGCUGCUUUCCCGAACGUUAUCCGCUUCUGCUGCUGUGCCGCCGCCAUUUAUCUGGGAUACUGCUUCUGUGGCUGGAUUGUGCUGGGGCCUUAUCACGCCAAGUUUCGCUCCCUGUCCAUGGUGUCCGAGUGUCUGUUUUCUCUGAUCAACGGGGACGACAUGUUUGUAACGUUCGCCGAGAUGGAGCGAAGCGGCACGCUGGUGUGGAUCUUCAGUCAGAUCUACCUCUACACCUUCAUCUCCCUCUUCAUCUACAUGGUGCUGUCCCUCUUCAUCGCUCUCAUCACCGGGGCCUACGACACCAUCAUGGCCCAAACACAGGAGCAGGUGCGCAUCACCGACCUGCACGCCUUCAUCGCUGAGUGCACGGACACGCCCUGCUCCGGCAAGUUCCGUGGCCCCGAGGGGUCGUCGUGCUCCUUCCUCUGCUGCUGUGAGUGGUGAAGAGGAUGUGAGA